CAAAAAUUCAUUCAUUUACUCAUUGCCCCAAGGCCACCGGGACCCUUCAAAGUUAGUUCAGGUUCAGGCAGCAGAAACAGUCGAAGGGAUUUUACUUUAUCUUCGUGGGAGAAUUAUUAUGACGAUUGCAGAGAUCUCAAAAUUGACGAUGACAUCUUCAGGGUCUACCUCUCCGGAUCGUCUGGUCCUGUUUGUUUUUUCCUUCAUGGUGGUGGUUUUUCGGCUCUCUCCUGGGCUGUCCUGUCUGUUAAUUUAUUAGAAUCAGUGACAUGCAGAUGUGUGGCAAUGGACUUUCGAGGGCACGGCGACACUCACACGAGCAAUGAGGCUGAUCUUUCUGCUGAUGUUAUGGCUAAUGAUGUUGGAAGAGUUGUGUAUGCAUUGUAUGGUGAGGACAUACCUCCAAUUGUUCUCAUUGGACACAGCAUGGGAGGGGCUAUAGCAGUACAUGUUGCUUACAAACAAACAGUCAGCUAUCUGGUUGGUCUCAUUGUCAUCGAUGUUGUCGAAGGAACAGCCAUGGAAGCAUUAUCAGGCAUGCAGACGUUCCUGAGGAAUAGACCGUCAACAUUUGACUCCAUCGAAUCAGCUGUUGAAUACUGUUGCAAAACAGGUCAGAUAAGGAACAUAGAAUCUGCAAAAGUUUCCGUGAUUGGUCAGUUAAAAAGUUCAGAGGUCAUCAUUCACAAAAGUGACGUCAUUGCUGAAGAGGAAGAGGAGGAUGAAGAUGUGAUGAGUAGAAGACCACAAAAACAUCGACAUCACCUGGAUGAUGAUGCAAAAUACUGCUGGAGGAUUGAUCUGACAACCACUGAACCUUACUGGAAAGGUGGCUGGUUCGAAGGACUGUCCACAAUGUUUCUGGCCUGUAAACCGCCCAAAAUGCUCCUAUUGGCUGGCGUUGAUAGGUUGGACAAAGAUUUAACCAUAGGACAAAUGCAGGGUUGCAAAUUUCAGUUGGAACUGCUGCCCCAGUGUGGGCACGCCGUACACGAAGACUGCCCUGACAAGGUAGCAGAAAGAUUAUCAUCGUUCCUCAUACGUUACAAACUGGCCCAACCUACCUCGACUAACCAUUCUAAGAUCAGGUAG